UUUCGUUUCAGAGGAAGAACACAUUACAUAAGAAAGAGAGAGGGAGAGAGAGGGGUAUUUAAGAAGCAACAAGAAACAAAUAUUGUUAACAGAAAGAAAAAAAUUAAGAAGAGUUCUCUUUUUCCGCUUCUGUUAUUUCAGAGUUCGUGUGUUUUGUUUUCGGCCUUCCUUCGAUCUGUGUUUCAACACAAGUCUCUCUCUCUUCAUCCUGCUCUCUCUCUAUAUUUCUUCUUCACGCGCGAAUUCAGAUAGAGCUCGACGAGGUUUGUUCCUUCCUUUGCUUCUCCGAUCUAUUGUCGCGUUUCAGCUGCCCCGCCGGUGGAUUCUUCCUUCCUGAUUCGCGGAGAGGAAGGAGCAUUGAAUUGGAGCGGUGCAAGGGGAUUUUUACGGGAAAGGGGAUUUUCCUAUCGCAGCAUGAGCAUCGACAGCCCCGGCAGAGGGGAGAACUAGGGUUUGGCACUGAAAUUCAGUUCCUGAGCGGGAUUUCCAUGGGCGAUGGAGGUGUCGCAUGCAUGCCUUUUCAGCAGCAUAACACAAUCAUGGAGAGAUUUCCAGUUCCGGACAAAGCAGGCACGACGCAUUGCGCUGUAAUCAAGACUUCCACUUCUACUCCUUCUACUGCUGAUGAUGCUGCCACUGUUACCAAAAACGACAAUAGCACCGGCAAUGAGAAUGGGGCAGCCGUGGUAGCCAGCAAGGGAACCACCACUGCUACAGCCAACGGCAACGUCAUCACAACCACCACCACCACUAUAACCACUGUCAGUAAUGGCAGCGCCGGCGCCAAUGGCGUCACCACCAAGCCGAAGAAGAUACUGAGGAAGAUAAUCAAGGUUAAGAAAGUCAUCAGAAAGGUACCAGCUGGCGAAAAGGGUGAAUUGCGCAAGAAGAAGGAAGGAUUGAGUAGCAACCCAGCUGGGACGACGAAGAACACCCAACAAGUGGAUUUGAAGACUGUCAAGGAAGCUGACAGGAAGAAUUCCGGGGAAGUUGAUACCCAGGUUAGGAAGGACGGUGUGGCAGCAGCUGGCGGGAAGGAAGUAGAAACAAAAAGUGCGAAGGAAGCUGAUAACUUUUCCACGGCAGUCGACCACAAGGCACAGAAUUGUAAAGAAGAAGUUGAAGAAGGUGAAUUGGGCACUUUGAAGUGGCCACCACCCCGGGGUGAAGUUGAAAAUGGAGAAUUUGUCCCGCCGGAGAAGACGCAGCGAAGAAGUGAGAUUGAGAAGGGAGAGAUCGUUGGGGAGAAAUUGAGAAGAGGCGAGGUCGAGAAGGGGGAGAUCGUUUUUGGGAAAUGGCGCAAUGGGGAAUUUUCCAGAGAUGAACUUGAAAAAGGAGAAUUCAUUCCUGACAGGUGGCAUAAUAAAGUAGACUACAGUUAUGGCAAGUUCCAUGGCAGAUAUGAUCCUCCUAAAGACCGCACACCACCUUCUGUCAGGUAUCCAGGUGAAGAUCUUUACAGAAGGAAAGAUGUCGGUAGAAGCGGGACUACCCAGUAUUCAAAAAGUGCUUUGAGAUGGGAGGGUGCUCAAGAUCGGGGUAUAAGGAUAAGUUCGAAGAUAGUGGAUGAGGAAGGCAAUCAUAAAAGCGCAGAACACUGUAACGGUAAGAGUCAUGUUAGAGAGAACACUUCUUCUUCUAACAGACUGAAGCGGCAUGUCACUGAUUCUGAUAGUAAUGAGCGGAAACACUGUGGAGAUUAUGGGGAUUAUACGGGUUCUAAAAGCAGGAGGCUUUCUGACGAUAGUCUUCGUUCUUCUCACCCUGAGCACCAUUCUCGUCACUCUGUGGAGAGAUAUAAUCGAAAUCCUUUGUCAGCAAGAACUCCGUCAGGUGACAAAUAUUCAGCCAGGUGUCAUGAACCCACUCUGUCAUCCAAGGUAGUAUUUGAGAGGCAGCUUGAGCGGUCCCCGCGUAAUAGAAACCAACAUGAUCACAGAGAACGGAGUCCAGCUCGCAGAUCCCCGCAUGGUCGAGUUAGGUCUCUCCAUGUACGUGACAGAUCUCCACAUGGACGUGAAAGAUCUCCACUUGGUCGAGAGAAGUCCCCUUUUGUACGGGAGAGAUCUCCAUAUGGACGUGGGAAAUCCCCAUACGAGAAGAACCGCCGAAACAGAACCCCAACACAGCGUUCUCCUCAAGAUAGAGCUCAUUACCAUGAGCGCAAGGAUCGAACACCAAACCGUCCAGAGCGGUCUCCACUUGACCGUGGUAAGCACAGUAACUCCAAGGAAGCAAGCCGGAAAGACGGAGCUAGUGAGAAGAGAGAUUCUCAGCAUGGAAACAAAGGACACGAGGAUAUACUCAGCCACGCGGAUGCAAUUGGAAGGGAUUCUCAGGUGACAUCCACAGAAGCUCAAGAGAGAAGCAAUACGUAUAUUCCUGAUGGACUAGGUCAUAAAAGUGCCAAAUGUGAGACGACCUGUAAAGAAGAGAAGUCUGAGGGCCCAAAAGCUGAUAUCAAAGAUUCUUCUCUUCUCGUUGAACCACCACUGGAAGAACUGCAGUCUAUGGAGGAAGAUAUGGAUAUAUGUGAUACCCCACCUCAUGGCCCUGUUGUAGCCGAUUCAUCCACUGGAAAGUGGUUCUACCUUGAUUACUUUGGUAUUGAACGUGGGCCUGCAAAGUUAUCUGACCUUAAAGGGCUGGUGGAUGAUGGAGUUCUUUUCUCAGAUCACUUGAUCAAGCAUUUGGAUAGCAAUAGGUGGAUGACGGUUGAAAGGGCAGUUUCUCCUAAAGAAUCACCCAAUUCCCGGUCCAUUGUGUCUGAAUCGAUUACCCAGCUUGUUAGUCCUCCAGAGGCACCGGGUAAUGUUUUGGCAGAUUCUGUGGGUAUUGGACAGUCUGGUAGUCAUGAUGGUGAAGAAGCACCUCAAACUUUGGUAGAGACACUGGCAUUCCCUGAUGCCAGUGCACCUGAUCUCCAUAUUGAUAAGAGGGUGAUGAUGCUGCUGGAGGAUGCUACCCUUGUUCCUGGCAGGGAACUUGAGGCUAUAGGAGAGAUUUUACAUACGACGUUUACGCAAGUGCAGUGGGAUGGAUUGUCGGAAGGGUCUAGUCUGCAUGAAACUUCUCAUCAGGAUCAACAAAGUGACGAAACAUCAAAAUCUUCAGAUGUGAAGCUGACAGUGGCUGUUGAAUUGAAAUCAAGUUUUAUCUCUGAGAAAGAUAAUGACUUUGUAUCUGCUGAUGACCCAGUCGGCUGGUUUUCUGGUCGAUGGUCAUGUAAAGGUGGGGACUGGAUCAGGAAUGAUGAGGCUGUCGAUACGUUUCCGAGAAGAAAAAUGGUUCUUAAUGAUGGUUUUCCAUUGUGCCUGAUGCCGAAGUCUGACUCCGAGGACCCUAGGUGGCAGAGAAAAGAUGAAUUGUAUUAUCCUUCUCACAGCAAAAAGCUUGAACUCCCUCCCUGGGCUUUCUCCAGUCAAGACGAGAAGAAUGAAACUGUUGGUGCAAACAGGUUGAAUGUCACUAAACCUCCUGUAGUAAGGGGAGUGAGGGGAACUGCUUUGCCCGUGGUCAGGAUUAAUGCAUGUGUUGUUAAUGAUCAUGGUUCAUUUGUUUCUGAUCCGCGGAGCAAAGCCCGAGGAAAGGACAGAUAUUCUUCAAGGUCUUCCAGGACGCACUCUGCAGCUAACGACUCGAGGAGGUCAACGUCAGAUACAGAUUCUCAAUCCAAAACUGUUAGUGAACAAGAUCUUUCUAGAUCUUGGAAGUCCAUUUGCAUACCGAAAGACAAGAUUUGUACGUCGGAGGAUUUACAGUUGAAAUUGGGGGAGUGGUACUAUCUUGAUGGUGCUGGGCAUGAGCAAGGACCAUUCUCGUAUUUGGAGCUGCAGUCUUUGGCUGACCAAGGUACCAUACAGAAGCACAGUAGUGUGUACAGAAAGUUUGAUAGGGUUUGGGUUCCAGUUAGCUCUUCUGGUGAGGCUUCUGAAGCUAGUGUUGGCAUUUCGGUCCAUGCUAUUUCAAGAUCACUGAGUGAAGCCAAUCCGGGACAAAGCCAAAAUGGUAGCCAGUUUCAUGGCCUACACCCGCAGUUCAUUGGCUAUACCCGUGGGAAGCUUCAUGAGCUGGUUAUGAAAUCAUUCAAAACUCGUGAGUUUGCUGCUGCCAUAAAUGAGGUUUUGGAUCCAUGGAUCAGUGCGAAGCAACCUAAGAAAGAGCCUGACAAACAUAUCCACUGGAAAACUGAUACUGAAAUGCGUGCUGGAAAAAGAGCUAGGAUGCUGAUAGAUGAAAGUGAUGAGGAAUAUGAUGGUGGGGAAGAUUUGGUGGCAAUUCAAAAGGAUGAUGGCACUUUUGAAGAGUUAUGUGGUGAUGCCACUUUCCACGGGGAUGCAGAAAACAAUGCAUCUCUUGAGAAUAAUAUGGGAGGAUGGGGAUUAUUGGAUGGACAUAUUUUGGCGCGAAUCUUUCACUUGCUGAGAUCUGACAUAAAGUCUCUUGCCCUUGCUUCUUUAACUUGUAAGCAUUGGAGAUCUGCUGUCAGGUUCUACAAGGGCAUAUCAAGACAGAUUGAUCUGUCAUCUCUUGGUCCCAUCUGCACUGACUUGGUGAUCCGGAAUAUUGUGAGUGGUUACCGAAAGGAAAAGGUUAGCUCAGUAGUGGUGGCUGGAUGCACAAACAUUACUUCUGGCACUCUUGAGGAAGUCCUUCGUGCCUUACCUUGUGUAUCUUACAUUGAUGUUAGAGGUUGUAGCCAACUUGUUGACUUGGGUCAUCAAUUUCCACAUAUGAAGUGGCUCAAGAGUCGAAAUUCAUUUGCAAUUAAAAAUUCCGAGGAGCUACAUUCCAAAGUAAAGAAUCUUAAACAGAUCAGUGACGAACCCUCAACAUUGUAUAAAAGUAGGGCCCUGGGCAGUGGUGCUGAUGACUUUGGAGAACUGAAGGAGUAUUUUGACAGUGUGAAUAAGAGAGACUCUGCAAAUCAACUGUAUCGUAGUUUAUAUAAACGCUCAAAAGUUUUUGAUGCUAGAAGAUCAUCUUCAAUAGCAUCCAGGGAUGCUCGUAUGAGGAGGUGGGCUGUCAAGAAAUCAGAAAGUGCCUAUAGAAGGAUGGAGGGCUUCAUUGCUUUGGGCUUGAAGGACAUAAUGAAGGAGAAUACGUUUGAUUUUUUUGUUCCCAAGGUUACAGAAAUCAAAGCUCGCAUGGAUAAUGGCUACUACAUUGGACGUGGAUUGAGGGCUGUAAAGGAGGAUAUUAGUCGAAUGUGCAGGGAUGCUAUAAAAGCAAAAAAUCGUGGUGCUGGAAACAUGAAUCGUAUUACAACUUUGUUUCUUCAACUUGCCUCACGUUUAGAGGAUAGUUCCAAGUUCCCUUAUGAAAGGGAUAAGCUCAUGAAAUCAUGGAAAUAUGACUUGUCUGCCGGUCUAAGCUCAGGAUACAACAAACACAAGAAGAAGUUGCUCAGUGAAAAGAAGUAUGCCAGUAGGAGUAAUGGGACUCCCUUAGCAAAUGGAUCUCUUGAUCAUGGGGAAUAUGUAUCCGAUAGAGAAAUAAAGAGACGCCUAUCUAAAUUGAAUAGAAAAUCGAUGGAUUCUGGAAGUGAAACUUCUGAUGAUUUUGACAGAUCAUCUGGAGAUGGCAGGUUUUAUAGUGAUGGUACUUCUUCUGAUACUGAAAGUGACUUGGAGUUCCAACCAGGAGGCCGAGACGGGAGUUUAGGAGAUGGAUAUUUCUUGGAAGAGGAGAGUUCCUAUUCUGUUGUGGAUGAACGUGAGUGGGGUGCUCGCAUGACCAAAGCAAGUCUGGUUCCUCCUGUGACUAGGAAAUACGAAGUCAUAGAUAGGUAUGUAAUCGUUGCAGAUGAGGAUGAUGUGAAGCGGAAGAUGUGUGUUUCUUUGCCAGAUGACUAUGUUGAGAAACUUGAAGCUCAGAAAAGUGGCACCGAGGAAUUGGACAUGGAGCUUCCUGAAGUUAAGGACUACAAACCUAGAAAAUUGCUGGGAGAUGAAGUUAUCGAACAAGAAGUUUAUGGAAUUGAUCCUUAUACCCACAAUCUGUUACUUGAUUCUAUGCCGGAGGAAAUGGAUUGGUCUCUACAGGAAAAACAUGAGUUUAUUGAAGAUGUGCUCCUCCGAACUCUGAAUAAGCUAGUCAGGCGCUUUACUGGUGCUGGGAACACCCCCAUGAUUUACCCUUUGCAGCCUGUUAUAGAGGAACUUCUGAAGUCUGCAGAGGAGGACUGCAACAUACGAACAAUGAAGAUGUGUCGGAGUAUCAUGAGGGCCAUAGAUAGUCGUCCUGAUGACAAAUAUGUUGCUUAUAGAAAGGGUCUUGGUGUUGUUUGCAACAAAAGUGGUGGCUUUGGAGAAGAUGAUUUUGUUGUUGAGUUUUUGGGAGAGGUCUAUCCUGCUUGGAAGUGGUUUGAAAAGCAAGAUGGUAUUCGUUCUUUACAGAAAGAUAGUAAAGAGCCUGCUCCAGAAUUUUACAAUAUCUAUCUUGAGAGGCCGAAGGGUGAUGCGGAUGGUUAUGAUCUCGUGGUUGUCGAUGCGAUGCAUAAAGCGAACUAUGCUAGUCGGAUAUGCCAUUCCUGCAGACCCAAUUGUGAAGCAAAGGUUACAGCAGUAGCUGGACAGUAUCAAAUUGGAAUUUACUCUGUCCGUGAAAUUCAAAAUGGCGAGGAAAUCACGUUUGAUUACAACUCCGUGACAGAAAGUAAAGAAGAGUAUGAAGCAUCAGUUUGUUUGUGUGGAAGCCAAGUUUGCCGAGGGAGCUACUUGAAUUUGACUGGUGAAGGGGCUUUCCAGAAGGUACAAAUUGUGGGGGGCAUUAUGGUGCUCUUUCCCUUGGUUCUUCCAAGUGUUUGGUGCUGAAAGAGUGGCAUGGAGUACUGGAUAGACAUCACUUGAUGCUAGAAGCUUGCGAAUUGAGUUGUGUAUCCGAGGAAGAUUAUCUCGACUUGGGGAGGGCUGGUUUAGGAAGUUGUCUGCUUGGUGGAUUGCCGGACUGGGUGGUUGCCUAUUCAGCUCGUUUGGUGAGAUUCAUAAACCUUGAAAGGACAAAGCUGCCUCAAGAAAUUCUGAAGCAUAACUUGGAAGAGAAAAAGAAAUACUACUCCGAAAUAUCUCUUGAUGUUGAGAGAAGUGAUGCAGAGGUUCAGGCUGAAGGUGUCUACAACCAGAGGCUUCAAAACGUUGCUAUCACUCUUGACAAGGUGAGGUAUGUGAUGAAAUCUAUAUAUGGCGACCCGAAGAAAGCUCCACCACCGCUAGAGAGGCUUUGUCCGGAAGAAAUUGUUUCAGUCCUUUGGAAAGGGGAGGGAUCACUAGUUGAGGAACUGCUUCAGUGCAUGGCUCUUCAUAUGGAUUCAGACAAUCUAAAUGAUCUCAAGUCCAAGAUACGUGCACAUGAUCCAUCAGAUUGUGCUGAUGUACAGAAAGAACUUCAAAGAUCGUUGUUAUGGUUGAGGGAUGAGAUCCGGAAUCUUCCAUGUACAUAUAGGUGCCGGCAUGAUGCUGCAGCUGACUUGAUUCAUGUUUAUGCUUACACAAAGUGCUUUUUUAGAAUUCGGGAAUAUGCCGCAUUUACUUCUCCACCAGUUCACAUUAGUCCACUUGACUUAGGCCCGAAGUCUGCUGAUAAACUGGGUCCUGGUAACCAUGAGUAUCGGAAGACGUACGGAGAGAACUAUUGUAUAGGACAGCUGAUUUUUUGGCAUAUACAGACAAAUACAGACCCGGAUACUACCCUUGCUAGAGCAACCAAGGGAUGCCUGUCAUUGCCUGACAUAGGUUCCUUUUACGCCAAGGCUCAGAAGCCAACUCAGCAGCGUGUUUAUGGCCCCAAGAACCUGAAAGUAAUGCUGGAAAGAAUGGAGAAGUACCCACAGAAGCCGUGGCCCAAGGAUCAGAUAUGGUCGUUUACCAACAGCAGUCACAGGGUCUUUGGGAGCCCGAUGUUCGACUCCAUCGUAAAGAACACGAAUCUGGACAGGGAGAUGUUGCAUUGGUUGAAGCACAGACCGACGGUGUUCCAGGCAAUGUGGGAUAGGUGAUUGCUAUUAGUUGCUUCCUUAAUUGAGAUGCCUAGGAGAAAGAAAGCUGCACUUGGAUGGGAGGAUUCUGGUUAGGAAACCAACCGUUAGUGUUAUUUCUUUUUGUAGUUUCCGUUUGGAAUGAUUUGAUCAAUUUUAGUUGCCAACUUACCCUUGGUAGUUUGGGGGUUUAAGUAUGGUGAAGAUCAUUCUAGGGGGAGCACAAGUGUCCUUCCAGCAACAGCAGCUCUUGCUUUCCUCCCUCAAUUAUUCUGUACAGUUUCCAAUUGUAAAUCUCUUUAGCUUGUUUUUAGUUUUAGAAGUUUCUCUCUUGGUGGUUUGUAAUUUGUAAUUCAUUAAAUAGUCGUCGUUAGUUUAUUAUCAGCUAGUUUUAAGUAGAAAAUAGAUUGAAAAGAAAAGAAGUGGGAAAAAUAUUGUAGCUUUGCUUGUAAUAUUCUAAUUUCAUUAGCUAGUGUCUUGUUACCAGACUCGUCGACCAAAUUGCUGACCGGAAUGGGAGCAACUGAUUGAACUCGACUUGUGUGUUGCUGUGUGGCGCUCGUCGAUUUUGUUUCCUCUGUGGCUUCUUUGGGUGGUCU